AUACGGUCGUGUGAAUAGCGAUGGAAAUGGCAUCUUCAUUGGAUCUGUUGGAGCGGUAGGCAAAUUGGAGUGGGUCCUGUGUACCUGGCGUGCUGACCUUAAUGUGGGUCAAGACCAGCCUCUCCAAGCACUUAAUGAUGACAGUGUUAACCCUGAUGAUUGUACGUCAGUUCACCAGCAGAGGCGUCACCUCUCAUCUGUGUGCCCGAUUUAAAGAGACCCAGAACAGACCGGUCAUGGCCAGACCCAGCUCAGACCUAGCAGCGUUCCGAGAGGUGUUCUCGAAAGCCAAACACGUGGCCAUCUUGACGGGAGCAGGGGUUAGUGCUGAGAGUGGGGUCCCAACCUUCAGAGGAGAAGGAGGCUUCUGGAGGAAAUGGCAAGCCCAGGACCUGGCCACCCCUGGUGCGUUCAGUCAGAACCCAUCCAGGGUAUGGGAGUUCUACCACCACCGCAGGGAGGUGAUGCUGACGAAGAGCCCCAACUCGGCUCAUGUGGCCAUAGCAGAGUGUGAGGCCAGGCUGCAGAAACAGGGGCGCCGCGUCACCGUCAUCACACAGAACAUCGAUGAGCUACAUCGCCGAGCCGGAUCCACCAACAUUUUGGAGAUACACGGCAGUUUGUUUAAAACCCGCUGUAUGAGCUGUGGUCAUGUUGGGGUUAACCACAAGAGCCCCAUCUGUGCUGCCCUGGAGGGCAAAGGUGCUCCAGACCCCAACACCAGUGAUGCUCAGAUCCCUCCUCAUGACUUACCCAGAUGUGAGCAGGGUGGCUGUAGUGGUCUGCUCAGGCCUAAUGUGGUCUGGUUCGGGGAGACUCUGGACUCAGACAUCCUGACUCGCGUUGAAGAGGAACUAGACCUCUGUGACCUCUGCCUAGUGGUAGGUACGUCCUCCAUAGUGUACCCAGCAGCCAUGUUUGCUCCCCAGGUGGCGGCUAGAGGAAUACCUGUAGCUGAAUUUAACAUGGAGGAAACACCCGCCACCAUGCGCUUCAGGUUCCACUUCCAGGGCCCCUGUGGGACCACCCUGCCCCCUGCACUGGCACGCCACAACAAUGAGCCCUGACUUCCCCUGGCUGAGCCAUAGCGCAGUAUACAUAGACCAGACUCGAGUGUUGGAUGGGUGUGCACAGGGGUGUAUUCAUUAGGGCAAAACAUUUAGCAACAGUUAACGUUUUGCAACACAAACAAGCCCUUAUUGGACCAUUUCAGGUUAGUCGCUCUUCGUUUCAGCCAUCUGCUUCUGUUUGGUUCCUAAAGAAUACACCCCAGUUUUGUGAAUGUAAUGUAUGCUAUAGAAAACAGACUGUGCUGACAAUACCCCACACUCCAUAGGCUACCACUCUGGAUUUGUGUUAUUGCAUGAAAUGACAACCAUGUUAAAAAAAAUAAAUCACAAUUAUGAUAUGUC